GUGAAGGAAGCAUAAUUGAUUAAUUAAUAGUUUUGAAAAUUAGUUAUAAACAUCUACUGCCUCAACAGUAAUAGUUAAUUUCAUGGAAAAGCCUGGAUUAAGAAAGUUAUGAGAAAAUUUUGUAAUGGCCAUUAAUUUUUAAAUCGAAAUUUUUUAUUAAAAUUAUCAAUUCGACAAAGUCGGAUUAAAAGGAUCGUAAAUUUUGAAUAAACCAAAGAGUCUUCUACAAUAGUGUGCAUUUCUAUCGAUCAUAAACUAACCGUUGACUGACUUACUGAAUAAAAGAAAAAAAAGAAGGAAGAGAAAAAAAACACAGCAAAUGUCCAAAUAAAAAAAAAAAUUACUCAAUGUUGAAACCAUCGUAAAAUUAUAUAGAAAAAUUAAUUUCAUUAUAAAUAAUCCCUUGUUGCUUUUCAUUGAGAAUACAUCGACAUGAAAAGAAAACGUAUUCAGAAUGAAGAGAGCAAUAAUAACAAUAAUAGCAAUACCGAUAAAAAAGUGCGCGUAAGUGAGGAAGUAAAUGAAAGUAACAGUGAUCAUAAUGAGCUAGACAAUUCGAUAAUUGAGAGGAAGGAGUUCGUUUUGACCCGUGAAGUUGCUGAUAAUUCAAUAUUAUGUGAUAUAGCAGGAAAUCAAUGGCGAAUUGGGGCUCCCGUCGGUGCUGGUUCUUUUGGCGAAAUUUAUCUUGCAUCUAAUGACAUCUCAAAACCAGCUGAUAAAAAUAAUGCAAAUUUUGUUACUAAAAUAGAACCGCACUCUAAUGGCCCACUUUUCGUUGAAAUUCAUUGUUUAUUAAAUGUUAACAAAGAUGAUGCUCUGGAAAAUGGAGAAGAAGAAAAUGAGGAAAUUGAACAAAAACCAAUUAAAGAUGUUGGCAUACCAAAAUAUAUUGCAUCAGGCUCACAUUAUUUCAAUGAGAGUCGCUACCGUUUUCUAAUCAUGCCAAGAUAUAAAGCGGACUUACAUUCCAUUACAUCAAAAAAUGGACGUCUCAGUCAUAAGCAUUUUCUUAUUAUUGCAAGUCAAACUAUUGACGUUUUGCAGCAUCUUCAUGAAAAGUAUUACGUUCAUUCAGACAUCAAGGCUCAAAAUAUCAUGAUUGGACAGUUUGAUACAAGCAUUAAUGGUUACAAUAAUUCCUAUAAUAAUAAUAAUAUUCAAAAUAAUCAGCAAAAACUGCAAAUGAAUGAAUUUAAAAAGAUUUCAAGAAGAUCAUCUGUUCAAUUUAGUGGUUCGAAUCCAUUACGUUCGUGUCGUAUGAAGGAAGACUCAAAUGAUAAGUCACAUCAUACAGUCUACAACGAUAUGGUCCGUUCGCAUUAUUUGAGACCCGGAAAAACUGUAGAUUAUUCAAUUAAAGAUGACAUCUCACGAAGCUCUCAUGCAUUAGAAACAAGUGAUGAUUCCGAUGAGGAUGAAGAUUUUAAACUUGGUUCCAAUAAAAAGAAAGGUCGUCGCAACGGCGGGAAUAAUAAAACAAAACGUGAAAGAAAAACUUUAAAAUCGCCUUUAAAGAAUAUAAAUACAGCUAGUAAUAACAUCAAUACUCAACAAGUUCAUGCAAUUCCAAAAGCAACUAAUGAAGACGAUCACGUUCAUAUUAUUGAUUAUGGAUUAGCGACCAAGUUUAUAGACACAAAUGGUGAGCAUCGACCGUUUUGUAUGGAUCAAAGACGAGCUCAUGACGGUACAAUUGAAUUUACGUCUAGAGAUGCACAUUUUGGUGCACAUUCACGUCGAAGUGAUCUUGAAUGUCUUGGUUAUAAUUUAAUAUAUUGGAGUCAAGGAUACUUGCCAUGGAAAGAUGAAAAAUUAAAGGAUCAGCCAGAAAUAGUUCAUCGUUUAAAGGAAAUUUUCAUGACUGAUGUUAAAGAAAUGUUGAAGCUUUUAUACGGAAAAGAAGUUCCAAAGUAUUUGGGUGAAUUCAUGCAUUAUGUAGGCCAAUUAGAAUUUGAUGAAGAGCCCGACUACUCAUAUUUGAAAGGACUAUUUGAAAAAGAAUUUUUUAAGUUGGGCUUUGAGAAGUCUGAUAUGAAAUUAAAUUUAAACGAAGUGCGUGAUGAAUGUGAGCCCGUUGAUAAGACAUUGUCAGAGCAUGACUUGAUGAUGUCGAAUAUCACAGAUUUGAAGACUGUUACUAAAUUGGGCUUUUUGGUUGCCACAACUGAUAGUGUUGAUGGAAAUGAGACAUUAGUUAAGCCAAAAGAAUCGUUGAAUAUGACUUUGUCAUGCAAAGCUUCGCCAAAAAAUUUACGUUCGAAAGAAAAGGGCGCAAAAGGAAAGAGACCGAAAAGACAACGCAAAACAUUAAGUGAAAAGGAGAUAAUAAGUGAGAAAAUAGCAAAAGGAAAGAAAUUGUCAAUACAAGAAAUUGCCACACUUGAUCCAGAGCAAAUUGCAAGAGACCGUGCCGAAAAAGAAUAUGAAAAAUUUGAUGAAAAAGUUUAUUAUCAAACACCACAACGUUAUAAAGGCAAUCCAACUUAUGCAAUAUUAGAAAUCGAGAAUAGACUUAAGAGCAAGCAAAAUGGAUCAGCCGUGGUAACACAGAUUAAUUCAGUUUCAACAAAUCAUGAUAUUGAACCAAUUAAGGGAUAUACAAAGCCAAUGAUGGAUGUCCUUAAGAAACAACAAAUGAUUGUAGAACAGCAGAUCAUUGUUGAGCAAACAUCGCCGAUAUCCACUUAUCAGAAACGUAAUCGUGAGGGACUAAGAAAUGUGAUAAAACAUACACAGAAAAAUAUAACUUAUCAAAAUGAAGUUAAUUCUAAGAAAGAAGGUAGAAAGACACCUAAAAAGCGAAUGUCCAGACGCGAUGGAAAAAUGAGAAUUCAGAGGAAAUUACUUGAUGAAAUUGACGAGAAUGAUAAUGAUGAUAUAAAUAAAACUCAACAGUCUCCACCUGUAAAGACUAGAAGAAGACCAGGACGUCCUGCAAAGUCUAAAACGAUUGAAAACUAUCCAAUUCAAAUUCCAGUAGAAAUUCGUAGCAAUGGUGACGAUGAAAUUACUGAAAAUAAUUCAGUCAGUGAAACAACAGAAGAACCAAUUGUUGAAAAGAAACGUCGUGGACGUAAACCAACUAAACCUCCAGUUAAAAUUGAGAUACAUCCAGAAACGGAAGAAGAUUCUGUAUACUAUGAUAUUCCAGGCGAAGGAUCAAAUGAUGGAAUCACUAAUAGCUCAGAUGUUGAAGAGAAUCAUAUUGGGAACGAUAGCAGUGACGACGAUGAGCCACUUCAAAAGAAAUUACGUAGAAAGGACAUUUCUGGUGAUGAGAGCUCGAAUCAUAGUGCAGCAACAAGUAAAACAAAUGUUCCCAAAAAACUGCGUGGUCGAUAUUAUAAAGAUGAAGAUUUUGAGGUUUAUACAGAUGAAGCAUCAAAUCAAUCAUCAGUAUCGCAUGUUACGAAAUCUUCUACUUCAUUCAAACCAACAAGACGUGUCAAAAAUAACGCAAUUCAACAAGAAACUGGAAAGACAACUCGCCAAAAAACUAAAAGUCGCUCAACAAGUCGUUCAGCUGCUGUUGUUCCUAAUCAAUUAUCUGAUCAUUCAGAAGACGAAGAUGACGACGAAGAAGGUUCAGAAUUUGAACUAGACGAGUCGGUUAAUGAAUCUGAUGGAAUGGAAUUCGAUCAGGAUAUAUCUGAAGAUGAAAACGACGAUGAUGAAAUAGCCACAGAGAGUGAAUUAGACGAUGAUGAUGACUCUGAUUCGAUUGACAUUAAAUACAGUCCAAUUAAAACAAGACAUGCACGAAGUAGUUUCAGUAUGAAGCAAAUAAGAGGGCGAAGAAUGAAUUUGCUGAAUGAAGAUGUUCGCAACUUUCGAUUAGUAUCAACUCGCGGAUAAAUCGUUCUGCAAUAUGUUUGAAUAAUGUAAAUAUUAAGCAUCAACAAAAUGAUAACAAUUUAUAAAGCAAGUUCUACUGAUAUCAUAAGUUGUAUCUACGAUAAUUUCAACAUGUGGCUUACUUGAGUUUAAUCUACUAAAUGUAUUUUCCCAUUAAAUUCGACUGAAUUUAGCCAACUUUAAAAAAACAAGCUAGACUCAAAUCUUUCUUUUUAAAAUGAAUUUAUAACAAAUCAGACAGAAAACAAAUAGAAUGAAUGUGCUAGGAAAUAAAUAAAUGAAUUAGACUAAACUAAAAUGAACUUAUAUAGACGAAAAAGGAAGUAUGAAAAAAUCUCAAAAUGUUGGAAAAUUUCUAUAAAAUGGAAUUCAUUUCUUUAAAAGAAGAUUUAAAUAAUGCAAUUUUUAUGAUUUUAAGGGUUGUUUACUUAUGACGUCGAUCAAAAACUUAAUUUUAAGGCUACAAAUAUAAGUGGAUUAUCACAAAACGUUAAUCCAUAAAAUUCUUUUGUUUAAAGUGUCACAUAACUUCAACAUCCCCCCAAACUCCCCAGAAUAUUGGACGUCAUAAGUGAAUUACCUUAAAUGUAACUAUGGAUAAAAAUAAUAGAUGAUGGAGCAUGUUCACUUUUAAGACAAUUUUCUAAUUCAAUAAUAUUCAUUUUAAUUGUUUCUAUGAUAUCAUACAUACAUUAUUAUAUACUUUAUGGCGUAAUGUGCAACAUGAAUUAACAUGAAGAAUUGAAUUACGUUGUUUUGAAUGCAGGUAAUAUUUCCAAUUAACCAAUUUUAAAACAUUACACCUAAACUAUAUAAGAAUAAAAAUUUUCACUAUAAAUAAGGAAGCAUAAUUCAAUAUAGUUAUAAUAGAAAUAUUUAAAUUGUGAAGACAAAUUUUUGAUGAUAAGAAAAUGAACAAAUAAGAAGCAAAGUGUAAAUGAUCUAAAGUCGACGUUUUUCUUUUUUUCUGGAACAGAUUAGUAUUAAACAUCAAUUCAAUAUGAAUUUAUAAUUAUCCUUAACACUGAACGUAUGAAACAUUGUACAUUAUAUAAAAGGAAACUUAUUGAAAAAUAAAUGAAUUAUAAAUUUUAUCGUUUGUAGCUUUUCUCUUUAGUUUUAUUUUAAAUGCUUUUAA